AUGUCUUCAAAUGAAGACCAAAAUAGCUGCGACAAGAGUAUCAUAACCUAUGAUACUCAGUGGCCAGUAUAUGGAUUAUCCUGGUGUACCUACGACAAUUCCGAUGAUUGUCAGAGACUUUUGCUAUCUAGUUUCAGACCUGACUAUAAGAACUAUAUCCAUAUCUUGAAUUUCCACGAACGAGAGGCACGAAUAUCCAAGCUUCAGGAGAUAUCGGUGACCUAUCCACCUACAAAAGUGAUGUGGAUCCCUCGAAAUAAUGAUUCUCACUCCGAUGUGUUUGCCUACUCUGCAGAUUACCUGCGGAUAUAUAAGAUGGAUCCCUACUCCUCGAUUCCCAUUGUUGAUUCAAUUUUAAACAAGGAUACCACUCCCGACCGUUGCAGCCCCGUUUCCUCAUUUGAUUGGAGUGAAGUUAAUACGAAUAUUAUUGGAGCUGUGAGUCUUGAUGGAAUCUGCACUCUAUGGGAUAUCGUUUCGCAACAUCCAGUGUCAAAAAUCAAAGCGCACACAAAGGAAAUUUACGAUAUCGCAUUUUCCUCACUGAACCCUGACACAUUUCUCACCUGUGGAAAGGACGGGUCAAUCCGCAUGUUUGAUAUGAGGACAAAUGGGACGUAUUUCAUCCUCUAUCAAAACGAUAAUGACCUGCCGAUUCUCCGCCUAUCUUGGAAUGCCAUCAAUGCCACGACGGUUGCCUUCACCUCAGUGGACCAGAGCGAUAUUUCUAUCGUAGAUAUGCGAAAACCGCAGCAGUGUCUUCCUCUUCGUUCCCAUCAAGCUGCUGUAAACUCCAUUUCGUGGUCCCCUGUCGAUUCCCAAUUUCUGGUCUCGGGAGGAGAAGAUCGGCAGUGCUUGAUUUGGGACUUUGAAAGGCUAACAGGCGAUAAGGAAUUCAAGCCAGCAUAUGUCUAUUCGGCGCCCUCGCCCAUUCACAACGUAAGCUGGGCAAUCAAGAGAACUACCUGGAUCGCUCUCUGCUUCAACAAUGCCUUACAGAUGUGUAAAACCUGA